AUGGAUGACGAUGAAGUAAAAAAUGAAUCAAAAACUCUAGAUGAUAACUUCAAUUCUACAUCGAAUGCUUCUAUAAAUUCAUCUCUAAAUCUUAGUGAUAAAUUAAAAGAUGAAAAAUCGGUACCAAAAUUUUGGGUUGAUAAAUAUAAAAAGGAAGC